AGUAGUCCAUCUUCAUUAAUUCUUUCUUUAUUAUACCCAUUUUGGAAAAAGAAAAGUAUCUGAUGAUAACAUUCAAUUGUUUCAGUUGGCUGGUGCAAACUCAUUAACUCUUCUUUUACAUCUUUAUCUUCUUCAUUCUAUAUAUAUAUUAACCCUAGCUACCAUCCUUCUUCACUAUCUUCAUAUACACUCUCUUUAAACCUUUACAUUUUCACUCUUUCUUCCCUGAUCUACAAAAAUGGAAGCUCUUGAUCUCAUUAUCAUCUCUGUAUCAAUUCUUUUCACAUUCAUAUGGUGGAAAUAUUGGUCAGUCACAGGCGGAGGAUCCAAGAAUCUUCCUCCUGGUCCACCAGGUUGGCCUCUAGUCGGAAACUUACUUCAAGUUGUUCUUCAACGUCGACCGUUCAUGUAUAUUGUUCGUGAUUUACGUCUGAAAUAUGGUCCUAUAUUCACCAUGCAAAUGGGGCAACGUACACUGGUUAUUAUCUCAAGUUCUGAACUAAUCCAUGAAGCAUUAGUCCAAAAAGGACCCAUUUUCGCUAGUCGACCUGAGGAAUCACCGACUCGUCUUUUAUUCAGUGUGGGUAAGUGCACAAUCAAUUCUGCUCAAUAUGGUCCUCUUUGGCGUACAUUACGAAGAAAUUUUGUUACGGAGUUGAUAAACCCGGCGAGAAUUCGUCAGUGUAGCUGGAUCCGGAAAUGGGCAUUGGAGAAUCAUCUGAGAAGACUCAAAAGUGAGUGUCAAGAAACCGGUUCCGUUGAAGUUAUGAGUAAUUGUAGACUUACAAUAUGUAGUAUCUUAGUGUGUAUUUGUUUUGGUGCUAAAAUAUCUGAAACCCUAAUCAAAGAAAUUGAAGCUGUUUUAAAAGAUGUCAUGUUAAUGACAACACCAAAACUACCCGAUUUUCUACCUAUAUUUACACCAUUGUUUAGGAAACAAUUGAAAGAAGCCAAAGAACUAAGGAGAAAGCAACUGGAGUGUCUGGUUCCAUUAGUAAGAAAAAGGAGAGCUUUUGUAGAGAGUGGUGGUAAAGAUCUAAGCCAUGACUCGGUGAUGGUGAGUGAAAUUGGUGCAGCGUAUAUUGACUCGCUAUUCGGGUUAGAACCAGCUGGUCGAGGCCGAUUAGGUGAAGAGGAGUUGGUAACCUUGUGUUCUGAGGUCAUGAAUGCUGGAACAGAUACUAGUGCAACAGCCCUAGAAUGGGCGCUGCUUCAUUUAGUCACCAACCAAGAAAUACAACAAAAAUUGUAUGAUGAAAUUGUUGAAAGUGUAGGGAAAGAAGGGGUCAUUACUGAGGAAGAUGUUGAGAAAAUGAGAUAUUUGAGUGCAGUUGUGAAGGAAACAUUUAGAAGACACCCACCAAGUCAUUUUGUGCUGUCUCAUGCAGCAACCAAAGAGACCGAGUUGGGUGGAUACACAAUUCCGGCAGAUGCAAAUUUAGAGAUUUAUACAGCAUGGCUUACUGAAGAUCCAAGUGCAUGGAAAGAUCCGGAUGAGUUUAUACCCGAAAGAUUUUUAGAUGGAGAUGGAGUUGAUGUUGAUAUCACCGGUACAAAAAAUUUGAAGAUGAUGCCAUUUGGUGCCGGAAGAAGAAUUUGUCCGGCUUCAACCCUUGGAACUUUACAUGUUCAUAUGUUACUUGCACAAAUGGUUCAAGCUUUCAAAUGGGUUCCAGUACCCGGUUCUCCACCCGACCCGACGGAAACUUUUGCUUUUACCGUGGUCAUGAAAAACUCUCUUAGGGCUGUUAUCUUGCCUAGGUCAUCUACAGUUGUUGCUUGCUAAGUUGUUUCCUCCAAAUUGCUUUUUUGCUGGAAUUUUUGUAGCUGUUUA